AUGAGUUACAUGGACCAUGGAGGUUAUCACCAACAAGAAGAGGAUUUGUAUAGCUUUGGAGAUGAUGGUAUGGAAGAUGAUAUGAUGCAAGGAAAUGCAUUCUUUGGAGGAAAUCCAUUUUCAAAUUACGGGUUUAAUUCUACUGAAACAUUGAUGAACGAUUUUGGAGAAUCUAAUAUGGCACCAGGUACAAGAGGUGGACCAACAAGACCACUUGUUUCUGGAAAUCCUUGGGGAGGCGUUCCUGGAACUGCUUCUAGAGGUGCUUUCGGAACAGCCUCGGCAGUAGGUGCUGGAGAAGAAGUACAACAAAGACCAAUGACUUCUAUUAAUGCUGCUGGUUUUUCUUCCAAAAAGAAGGAUCCACUUUCUGAAAAUUUUGUUGGUGGGAGAGGAAGAGCUCCUGCCCUUCAAAAGAAGAGUGAAAUCAGUGAUGAGGAUGCUGCAGCAGAAAUGGAAUUGGGGGUUCAUAGAUCAGUCGAAGAAAGUGCUCUUUUGUGCCAGAAUAAGGAUUUUGCUUUGGCUUUAGAUAAAGCUAAGGAAGCAGAAAAGAGAGAAAAAGCACUUUUAAGAUUUAGAGAGGAGAAACAGAUAAAUCAAGAACAAAAUGUGGAACUUUCAUAUGUAGUACAAUUCAACUUAGCCCGAGUAUACCAAUUAAACGGAAUGUAUACAGAGUCUUUGGAAACUUAUGAGGCUAUUGUUAGGAAUAAGGCCACAUUUGAACAUGCAGGAAGACUUAGAGUGAACAUGGGUAAUAUUUAUUUUGAAAAAGGAGAUUACCCUCUCGCGAUCAAAAUGUACAGAAUGGCUCUGGAUCAAAUUACAAACGAUUACAAGACCAUCAGAAAUAAGAUUAGAAAAAAUAUUGGAGUUUCCUUAAUUAAAUUGGGACAAUACUCUGAUGCUAUCAGCAACUUUGAGGAAGUUAUCGAAAAUAAUAAUAACGAUAUUGAUGCUGCAUUCAAUCUUGUGGUUUGCCAUUUCAGUACUGGUAAUAAGAAGGAAAUGAGAAAGGCUUUCCUCAGAUUGUUGAAUGUUAAUAUUCCUGGUUUGCCAGCUGAUGAAGAUUUGGAUGAUGAACAUAAUUCCCUGAUUAAUGAUGCAUUAAGAGAUUAUUUAAAGGAUCACCAAAGAAAGCAAUUCGAUUUCAUUCUUAAGAGUGCUAAACUUAUUGCUGAACUAAUUGAAGACGACUGGGAGAAGGGUUAUGAUUUCGUUAUUGAACAACUCAAAUCUUAUGAAUUGAAGAGAGAAAAGUGUAAUAUUGUGAGUGAAGUUGAAAUGACAAAGGCCUUAACAUACAUGAAACACAAGCAAUUCUCCAAGGCUAUUGAAGCCCUCAAGUCAUUCGAAAAGAAGGAUAGAAAACUUCAAGCUAGAUCAGCAACCAAUCUCUCAUUCUUAUAUCUUCUUGAAGGAGAUAUGAAGAAUGCUGAAAAAUAUGCUUCAACAGCUGUAGAAUCUGACAAAUACAAUGCCAACGCCUUGGUUAACAGAGGUAACUGUCACUACUUAAACAAGGAAUUGAGAGAAGCCAAAGAAUACUAUCAAAGAGCUCUUGAAUGUGAAUCUGACUGUGUCCAAGCAAUCUACAAUCUUGGUAUUGUAACUAGAGAUUUGAGGGAAUAUGAGGAAUCAUUGGCUUGUUUCAGAAAAGUACAUUCUAUGAUUCCUGAAAAUAUUGAAGUCAUUUAUCAACUUGCAAGUGUACAUUCAAAGAUGGGAGACAAUAUCACAGCAAUUGAAUGGUUUAAUGUGCUGAUAACUCUUGUUCCAACAGAUCCAGGAGUUUUAUAUGAUUUGGGUACAAUUUAUGCCAAAGAAAAUGAUGAAAGUCAAUCAUUCAAUUAUUAUUUGGAAUCUUACAAGAAUUACCCAAUUAACCUUGAUGUUAUCUCAUGGCUGGGCUUCUACUUUGUCAAAAAUGAUAUUUAUGAGAAGGCUUUGGCAUAUUUCGAAAGAGCUUCUGAAAUUCAACCAAAUAAGUCUGAUUGGCAGUUGAUGGUAGCCAGUUGUCAUAGAAGAAUUGGUAAUUUACAACAGGCCAAGAAAUGCUAUGAAAGAAUUCAUAAUAAGGAUCCUGAAAAUUAUGAAUGUGUACAAUAUUUAGAACAAAUCUGUAGAGAUCUCAAUUUAAGAAAGGAGGAAAGAAUGUAUGCUGAGAAGAAGGCAAAAUUAAAGAAUAGAAUGAAGGAAAAGCAAGAAGAGCAAGAAAGGCUUAAAGAGGAAUCAAAGGAAAAUACUAAGGAAGAGCAUGACAAAUUGCAUCAAGAGCUUAAAAACCAUGAAAAGACAAUUGACAUGGUGAUUGCUGCCAACAAAUCACCAACAGCUAAAUCUAAACCUCAACCAACAUUUGAUAUUGAAAAUGAUACAAAUGUAAAUGAUCGUAAAAUUGAGAAUGAGGAUGACAUGCUUAAUGUUGAUGCUGAUGAUUACAUAGAUAGUCUCUAUAAUUAA